GUCGAGUCUCGUCGACACACCUACGGCUGCCGUCUCAGAACCAAAGACGUAGAUUCUGUUGAAAUUCGGUGCAACAUGUCCAAUUUACGCCGGAAUCGUUAUUCGAUUUCGGGAAAUUUGUGUAGAGAUUUUCAGCCGUCUUCAGAGCGAAGAACAAGCCCGUCGACCUCACAAACUGUAUCAGCAUACGGGGCUUCCAACUUGAGAAAUGCAUGUUACUAUAAAACACCUUACAGCCUGUACGCUAUGGAUUGGUGCAAAGUACAGGGACCUGCUCAAGACUUUAUAGCAUGCGCGAGUUUUACAGAGGAAACGAACAACAAGAUUCAGGUGUUUUCUUUGAACCGCAGCGGCCAGGGCCAGCCGUUUCUUGACAAGACGCAUUCUACUGUAAACAAUUUGGAUUUUCCUUGCACGAAAUUGCUGUGGAAUCCUUCUCGGACGACCCCCAGUGAACAUCAAUUCCUUGCUUCCAGCGAUCAGAAGCUCCAACUCUGGCGUGUUGCAAAUGACGCCCAUCAGAACGAUGCCAUUGAAGGUGUUGCUUCGUUUUCGAAUGCGAAGACAAAUCGUGCUGCACCGCUUACCUCGUUCGACUGGUGCAAAGCAGACAUCUCACAAAUUGUCACUUCAAGCAUUGAUACUACUUGCACUGUGUGGGAUAUAGUGACCCAACAGUCAAAGACGCAGCUUAUCGCCCAUGAUAAGGAAGUGUUUGAUGUACAGUUCUUGGCAAACAGCGUAGACGUGUUUGCUAGCGUUGGCGCAGACGGCAGUGUUCGAAUGUUUGAUUUGAGAUCUCUGGACCACUCUACUAUUAUUUACGAAGCUGAGCCGGCUUAUGUUCGGCCAGCCCGUAUAUAUGAAGACUAUACGGCUAGUGCUGCGGCACCGCUUCUGCGGCUUUCUGCUUGUGACGUGGAUCCCAACUUGAUGGCGACCUUUCACCACAAGUCGUCUAAUGUGCUUAUCAUUGAUAUUCGUGCCCCGGGACAGUCAUCCAUGACACUCCAGGCACAUACGGGUGCUGUAAAUGCGGUGCACUGGUUGCCUGGCAGUCGGUCUCGUCUUGUCUCCUGCGCUGAAGACAAGCAGGUUCUUUUGUGGGAGCUCAACAAGGCCGAGUCAUCGAAUUCUUAUUCUCACCAUCCUCGUUACAACAGUUUUGUCAAAGAAAGCUCAAUUAUUUCUACCGAAUCGAAGACAGAGUCAGGCAGCUACAGUGCCAGUGCCCCAGUCUCAGGAACCGCUACACCUGCUACAAAAGUCAUUGCGAGUCCUUCUGCUUCCUGGCUUGCAGACACGGAGGUGAAUAACGUCUGCACUUCCGGAACUGGCGAUGCUUUCGCCGCCGUCCAUGGAAGAACUGCUCAAGUAUUCUUCCGUAACGACUAUAACUCGAUUGUACAAACUUAAAGAUGUUGAAGUGACUCCUCCACUUUCUGUUCCAUACUCACGUCCGAUGACCACUGCAGACAACCUCCACGAAUCAUUGAUCCCACAUCAGCAAACCAUUUUUGCACUGCAACCUGCCAUUCAUUGUUCUGUAUGCGUUUUGGAUUCACACGAAUGUCGGCGUUUUCAUUUCGCUUCGUUUCAUGAGGAUUUUUAUGAA